ACUGAAACCCAGAACCUGGAGGAGGGAGGAUGGAGAACGUCUCCUCUUACAGACUCUUCAUCCUGGAUGGCUUCAGUGAGCUGGGAGCUCUGAGGCCCGUCCUCUUCCUCCCGUUCUUCAUCAUGUUCGUCCUGUCACUGUUGGCCAACUCUCUGCUGCUGUACGUCAUCAUAUCACAGAGGAGCCUCCACUCCCCCAUGUUCAUCCUCAUCGCUGGCAUGGCGUGCGUGGACCUGAGCCUCCCUCUGUUCUUCGUCCCCAACAUGCUGCUGAGCUUCCUGUUUGACUGGAAGGGGAUCUCUCUGAUUGGCUGCCUGGUUCAGAUGCAUUUCAUUCAUUUUGUCGGAGCCUUUCAGUCCACGCUGCUGGUCUGGAUGGCUGUGGACAGAUACUUUGCCAUCUGCACGCCCCUCUUCUACCAUGAGCGCAUGGCUUUACCAGGAUUCCUGAAGUUCGUGAUCCCCGUGGUGUUCAGAAACUUCUUCCUGAACACGCUGAUGGUCGGUCUGGCAGGAAGGUUGUCGUUCUGUGUUGGGGAAGUGAUGAACCCCUGUUUCUGUGAGCACAUGGCGUUGGUGCAGCUGGCCUGUGGGAGCACCUCCAUCAACAACCUGGUGGGGUUACUGACUGCGUUGCUAAUCCCUGUAGCCGACUUCGUCUUCAUCGCCGCCUCGUACGUGGUCAUAUUCAGCUCGGUGCUGGGUUCAGGAAAGUCCGGGGUCAAAGCCCUUCACACCUGUGUGACACACAUCGUGGUCAUUACCGUCAGUCUGACCAUCGCACUUGUAGCUUUCCUGUCGUACCGGAUCAGAAACGGUCUCCCUGCAGGCGUCCGGGUCUUCUUCAGCACCAUGUACCUGCUGUUCCCGAGCUAUUUCAACCCCAUCAUCUACGGCGUCAGGACCACUGAGAUCAGACAGCAGAUCCUGAGGACACUGAUGUGGACUCACUUUUUCCAAACUGCCCCCCGUUCCUAAAUCAGAUCCUUCAUUCAUGAGAACAACAGAGCAAAGACGAGAAGUUGGAUCAAACGUACGUUCACAGCUGAAAAUGACUCCACGAGUUAAAGUCAGAAGACAUCGGGACGCUGCUUCAGCUUACCAGAUCAAUGAUGGAGGACUACAGUCCUUGAAGCAGGCGGCCUACCUGUGGCCUGUUGCCCCGUUGCCGAUCCAACAGUUCUGAUUGAUCCUAUGAAAUAUUCUCAUAUUUUGAGAUAUGUAGUUUUACAGUUUUCAAGCUGCAGGCCAUUAUGAUCUAAACUAGAAUACAAAAACACUUGAAUACAUCACAUUUACACUGUCUGAGAGAACUGAUGGAAAACAUAGAACUUUAACCAUGUGCUGAUUUACAGAUAUGUACCUGUACACUGAUGAGUCAUCCCACACCAUGAAGCUCAGAGUCUGAACAUUAACCCCAGUUUAUGAUUCCUCCCCUGCAUCCA